UCCGACCUGUGUUGAAUAUCUUCGACUUUUAUUUUUGCACUGUAGGAUUCACCUUGAUACUAUUAGGUCAUGUCGAACUCGCGCACCCCCACGUGAGGUGCACCAGCAGCACAACGAACAAUUUGCGUCUUGGUUUCAAUCAUAUGUAGAUGAUCCGACGAAUAAUGAUGAGUGCCCAAUCUCAGCGGAGAUCCGUGCAUUGGCGGGUGGACCAUUAUGCAAUGCAACACGGUACUCUUCGUGCAUUGUGUCAGGAAUACGCUAUCGUGUUCAAGACCGGGAUGCAAGGAAGAGGACACAGUGUGCAGGUGUUAUGGUUACGGCAGAUACAGUGAGUUAUGCCUCAGCUAGGGACCAUAACCCACGAGAAGGUUCCGUGGCAUAUUACGGGAUUCUUACGGACAUUGUGGAAGUGUACUAUAGCAAUCAACAGAAGUAUCUCCUUUUAAAAUGUGACUGGGUGGAUCUGGAGAGGGGCGUUAAAGAGGAUGAGUUCAAAUAUAAAUGUGUGAACUUUAAGUAUUUGAUGUACCCCAAGAACUUGCCCACGGAUGAGCCUUUCAUCUUAGCGACCCAAGCCUCUCAGGUGUGGUACAUUGCAGACCCGGUUGAUGAAGGUUGGAGCGUUGUCGUUCCGGUGUCACGGCGAGACACGUAUGACGUGUAUAGUACGAUCGAUCAUAGAUUCAGCACAGGGUUACCUUUAGAUGACGGAGGCAAUGUUAGAGGAGCAGCCGAUUACUGGCUAAGGGAAGGUAUUGAGGGGCAAGUAGUAGAAGAUGCAGGGCAGAUGGACCAUGCCGAUACUUCGCCUUCGGAUUCGGAGGAAUCCUCCGAAGAUGAUGGUGCUUAG